AUGAGCAACUUUUGCGGCUGCCACGCCCUUGUGAUGCUGCUCUUCCUCUGUUUGGUCUUCGUGCUUGGAUCUCCAGCAGCAGGACAAGACAACCCUUUGUUCGAGUUAUUAAGCAGAGAUGAAGUGGUGCAAAUGGCUGGCUAUGGAGAAGAGAGGCUAUCUACAGUCCUCGUUACAGGGUCAGUUAAUUGCGAGGCACGUUUCCAUAAUGGUGAUCAACCUCAUGCAUGGCCAAUACCAGGAGCUUCGGUUGCUGUCAACUGCCAAAGCCAUGCCAGCGAGGGGAAAGGAAAACCAAUGGUAGCACAAGGGGUCACUGAUGAAUUUGGAGAUUUUAUGGUGGACCUCCCUUCUUACCUUCAUGCUAUUCCUAACUUGGAAAAGAUAUGUGCAGUAAAAGUUCAUCGUAUUCCAAAGGGAUCACUUUGUCGGCCAGCUCAUGUCAAGAAAUACAAGGGACUUGAGCUUUCUUCAUUUGGGAAUGGCAUCCGCACCUACAAUGCCGGAAAUAUAAGGAUGCAGCAUUCAACUUCCGAGCCACUGCACGCACCAAGCAUACAUGGGGGAAAGGAGUAG